AUGGCACCCAUCCGUGUUGCCCUUGUAGGGCUCUCUGCUAAGUCGUUGAGCAAAUGGGGCGCGAGCGUCCAUCUUCCAUACUUUCUCAGCCCCAACGGCAAGAAAAACUACCAAAUCACCGCACUCCUCAACACUUCGGUGGCGGCCGCCACAGCGGCACGAAAACAUUUUGGUCUUCCGCAGGACGUCAAACCAUACGGCGACCCACAGGCCCUGGCCUCGGACCCCGACGUCGACCUUGUGGUCUGCUCGACCUUUGUCGGCCAUCACUUCGACACCAUCGCGCCAAGCCUUCAAGCAGGCAAGCGAGUGUUUGUCGAAUGGCCUUUCACAACGACUGUCAGUGAGGCCUUGAAGCUGCAGAGCCUCGUUCCAUCUCCGGACAUCUGGGAGCGCAGCAUCAUCGGGCUGCAAGGCCGCGCGUCUGCUCCUGCCGAGAAGUUGAAGUCGCUCCUGGAGCAGGGCAGCAUUGGCAAGGUGCUGAGCAGCCGCGUCGAGGCUAGUGCAGAUUUGUUGUCUGUCUCGGCUGGCACGAUCCCUGAGCCGGCGGCGUUCUUUGUCGACAAAGCCAAGGGCGCUAAUGGCAUCAGCAUCGGAUACGGCCACUUCAUCGACACCGUGCAUGCCGUGCUAGGCGAGUGGGAGAGUUCCCAGGCCCGCACGCAAAUUCAGCGGCCUGACAUCAAGCUGCUCGGCGCCGACCCUACGCCAAAGAGAACAACGUCCGACGUCCCAGAUCUUGUUGCGGUGCACGGAACGGUUAAGGGGAAAGAGUAUGUCGCCGAGGGCGCGAGUGUGGUCGUGAGCUGGCAGAGCGGCAAGCAGUUCAAGGGAACCCCAGCGCUGGUCUGGACGAUCAAUGGGGAAAGGGGAGCGAUUCAGCUAGUCAGUCAGGCCAGCCCCUUCCUGGGAGCUCAUGCGUAUCACGGGCCUGUCACGAUCAAGAUUCACCAUCUGGCUACUGAUGAGACCGAGGAUGUGACCUGGGAGUGGGAGGAUUGGCAGUCUGAUCUAUCUGCGACCGGAAGAAGUACAGCCACCCUGUAUGAUAGGUAUGCCGCCUGGGUUCAGCAAGGAGAAAAGGAGAUCUCAAAGGGUAAGGAAUGGCCGAAUCUGGGCGAUGCACUACUUAGGAUGAGGGAGAUAGAGGAGCUUUUAUCUGGUUCUAGCCGCUAA